AUGCCUGUUUAUUUGAUACCAUCCAUAUCUCACCUCAGACAUAAAGAAGCAAUCAAAUCAGUAGCCUCAGAUGAGAUCUUAAAUGAGAUAAGUAUUUAACACUUCUGUAAAGAUACUGUACACCCUUUUGUGGAAGUUUCUUUUCAACACAUUGUGUACCAAACUAACACUGCAAGUGGAUCUCAUCCAUGCUGGAAUGAAGAAAUUAAAGUAGAUUUUAUCUCACCAGAAAAUGAUUACAGCUUCUCAAGAUUAUCUAAAAUAAAAGAUUAUAUAUAUAUCAACAUUUUUGAUGAAAUGGUGAUUGAAAAACAUAAGGAUCACUGUCUUAAGAGCUGUAGUGGUCACUCUUAUAUAAGAAAGAAUUGGCUUGGAUCCAUUGUCUUCCCUUUCUCUGCUCUUCUGCAACAAUCUGAGUUUUCAGGUCAAAUAGAUGUUUUGCAAAGAGCACAGAUUUUUAAAACAAAUUGUAAGGCAGUAUUUCCCAACCGAAGAAUCACAACUACUGUUUUUAAUGAUGAAGGGAUACAGAUCUUAGUAACAAGAUAUAUCAAGGCAUUAAAUCCACCUCAACAACUUCUGGAAAUAUUUCUUCAUGAUUCUAAUGCAACACUUGACAUCAUUGCUCGAUUUGUAUCUUUGAUUCCUUUUAUGUCUGAUACACUGGAUGAAAAUGAUGGUUCUGAUAUAUGGAUGACAUCAGAGCGCUGCAUCAGUUUGGCUAUUGGAAAUAAGGAAGAGCAUGCCAUACUUCUCUGUAAUUUCUUUCUGUAUUUUGGAAAGAAGGCAUUGGUUGUCCUUGGAACUUCAGUGUUAGAAGGGCAUGUGGCUUAUGUAUUAACUCAAGAAACUGAUGAAUAUUUGCUUUGGAAUCCAUCAACUGGGCAAUGUCAUAAGCAGUUUGACCCAUUUUGUCCCUUACAAAGUGUAGACUGUUUGUUUGAUGAUAGGAAUGUCUGGUUUAAUAUUCAACAAAAUAAUACGCCAAUGGCUGUACAUUUUGACUAUUCAAAGGAAAGUUUCUGGAAGCAGUUGCUUCCAAAAAAUUUUCAAGGGACAAAAGCACAAAGCAUACAGCCUGAAGAAAUAAUUUAUUCCGAUACUGAUAAAAGCAUGGUAGAAGAUCUAAGGAACAGGAUUGAAAGGACUCUAAAGUGUAAAAUGAUGGAAUGGCGACCUAAACACCCAACACGUUGGAAUCGACAGUGUACUUCUGUUUUGCGACAAAUCCUCCCAAAGCUGGAACUUGGCAGAGGAAGCUUUGUUUCUCAUGAAGAGGAGAGUGAACUUGAAAAAUUGCUACAAUUUUAUUGGGUCACAGGAUUUCCUAUCCAGAUGCCAUACACUGAUGUAGAGUCAAUUAUUGAUGCCGUGUAUCAAACUGGAAUUCACUCUUCUGAACUUCCCCAGACAGAAUUUGCUUUAGCUGUAUAUAUUCACCCAUACCCAAACAACGUACUAUCUGUGUGGGUCUAUUUGGCUUCCUUAGCCCAACAUCAGUGA